AUUUCUUAUUAACGUUGCGUUUCAACAUUGAUUUUUUUCAAAAUGAUGGAAGAUAAGUCACGGCGGUAUGAAAAAAUAGAGUUUUUAGGCGAAGGACAGUUUGCAACGGUUUACAAAGCAAAAGAUCUCAAAACGGGCAAUAUUGUAGCAGUUAAGAAGAUUAAAGUUGGCACCAGAGCUGAAGCUGCUGAUGGCAUUAACAGAACUGCUUUACGUGAAAUUAAACUACUACAAGAUCUUCAUCAUAAACAUAUUAUAGGGCUUCAAGAUGUAUUUGGACUAGGACAUCGUUCCAAUGUUAACUUAGUAUUUGAUUUUAUGGAAACUGAUUUAGAGAUCAUCAUAAAAGACCAAAACAUUGUAAUGACCCCGGGCCAUGUGAAAUCCUAUGUUCUGCAGACACUUCAGGGAUUGGAAUAUCUUCAUUUACAUUUUAUACUUCACAGGGAUUUAAAGCCUAACAACUUGCUGAUCAAUGAUAACGGAAUUUUAAAGAUAGGAGAUUUUGGAUUAGCAAAAUUCUUUGGAUCACCAAAUAGAGUCUAUACACAUCAGGUGGUCACAAGAUGGUACAGAUGUCCUGAACUUUUGUUUGGUGCCCGUCAGUAUGGAACAGGAGUAGAUAUGUGGGCUGUGGGCUGUAUUCUAGCCGAACUAUUACUCAGAGUGCCAUUUCUUCCUGGCGAGUCAGAUUUAGAUCAACUGAGUAGAAUAUUUCAAGUGUUGGGGACACCUACUGAGAAAGAUUGGCCAAAAAUCAAAGCAUUACCUGACUUCAUAGAAUUCAAGUCUUUUCCUGGAACACCCCUGAAAGAAAUAUUCAUAGCAGCAUCAGACGAUCUCCUUGACGUAUUGGCAGAGAUGCUCAAGAUGGACCCCAUACAGCGAUGCACAUCUACUGAGGCUCUAAAGAUGGAGUACUUCAGCAACAAACCUGGACCUACCCCAGGUACCCAGCUACCUCGACCUAACAGUAAUAAGAUCGUACCUCAGAAAGAGGAGAACAUGUCACUCAAAAGGAAAAUACAAGCACAAGGAGGUGGACUUAUAAAAAGGCUGCAGUUUUAGAAUUGUGAUACAUGUAUCAAGGAUAUAAAAAAAAACUACACCUAUCAAAGAAAUUCAUGCAUAUAAAGAACCAGUGCUCUUGAAUGGUUUAUCUACAUGCAGGAAUUUCAAACAAUGGAAUUCAUUCUGGAAAGAGAAUCUUGGAAUACCAUACUAGUAUUUAUUGUCUUAUUUUUCUGUUAAUACUGUAGUGCCAUUUUAAAAAUUAUAGUUGAACAAUGAUCUGAAACUCAGGAACGAGGGGUUAUAAAUGGCUUACAAUAGAACAUGUGUAAAAAUUGUUGAAAGUUAAAGGUGCUUUUUAACUUCGCUGCAAUUUCAAGUUUAUGAGAAUAUAUGUAUGAAAAAAAGAAAGAAGAAAAAUUUUGGUCACUGAUGUGUGAAUGUUGAGUGCUUCACAGAGUGUUUGUAAUUUCAGAGUGAAAGUUUGCUAAAUUGGUGUGAAAAAUAUGUGGUGCAUUUAAAAAUCAGUUGUUUUUGUUAUUGAGUUCACAAGUAUGUGGUUAUGAUUUACAAUGCUGUGAUGUGUUUUGUCUGCCAAGCAGAUUGUUGUUUAAUAGUUGUUAUGAAUGUGUGUUUGUACAGCGCGACAGGAUUAUAAACAUACCUAUUUAAGAUUUUCUAUUUUGAAAGCAAGUCUUUGCAUGACAUAUCCAUGUAUCAGCUACGGAUGCUGAGGUAUUAGUGUUUGGAUAAAUUAUUCAAAGGGAAAGUUAUUUUCUUAGGAAAAAAAUCUCUAGCUCUACUUUAAACUCUAUUGUACAUGUACCUUAAAACGUUUGUUUCUUCUCAAGGCAUCAUAGUGUAUUUAUUGACCAAAGUUUAGAAAUACAUGUAGACGAACACUUGAUAAUUAGUAUGUAAUAGUUAAAGUGAACUAACUUGUUAUGACUGUAUAUGCAUCAGUAAAAAUAACAUUAAAAAAUUCAAACACUUAU